CAGCUACCCACGUGCCAUGUGCAUCGUGCUCCUAAAUGCGUUGGAUGCGGUUAGGUGAAAAAUCGUGAUUUGUACAGAUUAAAAAGUUCAGUAUUUUCUCAAUAACCUACAAAGCGCGUACUAGUAGUUUUUUAAAUUCAAGUAAGCCGGCUGAAUUAAAACACGAUGACAAUGGAAAGUUUCCCACGAGGAGGAAAAAAACUUAAUGUAAAAAAAUCUUUAGAUCUAUUGGAUAAAAAGCGUCAGCAGAAGAAAAAACAUAAAACCCAAACAAUAAAAGGGAACAAUAAAAGUACAGAGGACACAUUUCUUCUCAAUGUAGUACACUGUUUACGUAAACAGGAUAUACAGGAAGAAAUGACGAUUCUUGGUCGAGUUGAUAAUGUAAAAAGAGAUGACAUAGUUGUGUCUCUACCUGGUGGUAAUUUAGGAAUUGUAACGCCUUUCGAUCUCAGCCGAUCGUAUUCAAACGGGAUCAAACUUAUAUCUGACACCAGUACGGAUCCGACUCAUUUACUUGAAUUUCAACCUAUAUCAAACCUGUAUAAUCUUGGUGAUUACGUAGUAUGUUAUAUCAAGAGAAAACAUAGUGAAAAUAACAAGAUUUCUGUAUCUCUGGAUCCACAGUUAAUAAAUCAAAAAGUUUCUAGUAGUUUUCUCGCAAAAGGUGCAAAAAUUGUUUGCACCAUUAUGAGCGUGCAAGAGAAUGGAUAUGUGAUUGACACGGGUAUGAUUAAUGUCAAAGCAUUUUUAGCUAGCGAGAAUAUUGACGACGGGAAGUCUUACUUACCAGGUAAUCAACUGUUUUGCGUCGUUAAGAAGAUAAAAACGGCAGAUCAUGUUUCUAUCGUUCAACUGACAGCCAAGAAGAAGACAAUUGAUAAAGUCAGCACGUACGACACGAUGUUCUUAGACAGUGUAACACCUGGAACGCAAUUGUCCCUUCGCAUUGUGAAGCGUAUCAAGAAUGGCUUCCAAGUUGCAUUCGGAGAAAAUAACAUCGGUUACGUACACGACCUGUACUUGGACAAAGACAUAAGUAAAUACGAAAACGAUAUGGAAGUUACCGGCAUGUUAUUGUACGUGCUACCCAUUGUGAAACUGGCGUAUUUUUCUUUAUUGAUCAACGAUCGUAAACAGAAAUUCAAUUACGGCGAUAUCGUAAAUAAGGCCGAAGUUUUGCAAAUAAGAGAAAAGGAAGGGAUAUUGGUCGGAUUGCCUUCAUCCUCUGACAAACCGUCCGUAAACCGUGCUUUUGGAUUAGUACCUCGAUACAAAAUUGGCGUUCCGUUUGAGAAGAUACCGACCACCUUCGCACCGGGUACCACACAUAAAUGCAGAAUAAUUGGAUACAGGUGGAUGGAACAGCUUCACUUGUGUUCGAUGGAAUACCUACUCUUGAAGGCAAAACUCAUUUCCGAUCUUAAAAUUGGCGACGUUGUCAAGGUACAAAUCACGGAUGUUAACGACAAAAAUCACGUAUUCGUGAAAACAGAAUUUAUUCGAGGUUUUGUACCACCGGAACAUGUGUCUGAUAACUAUAUUGGUCUCACCAACGCAGUGCGCAAGCUUAUCGGUAAAUCUGUUCAUGCGAAAGUUUUGAGUAUAGAUACUUGGACGUCUUGGGUAAAGUUUACCUUAAAAAACUCACUAAUACACAGCGAUUUUCCAAUUCUAUGCGACAUUUCGCAGGCAAAAUGCGGAUCGAUAUAUCACGGUACAGUGGUGAAAGUUGAAGAAAAUUGCUCGAUCAUCAGAUUUUAUGGAGAUGUUAAAGGAAUUGUGCCGCACAUCGCGGGUUCAGGCAAUAUGUAUAAUCGCAUCAUUGGCGAAACUGUUGCAGUGCGCGUUAAAUCAAUAGAUGAGAAAAAAAAGAAAAUGAAAUUGGAGUUUGUUCCUGAAGAACCGGAGGAUGUUGAGAGCUGUUUUUCUGUCGGACAACCAGUUGAAGGGAUAAUUAUUGGACAACGGGAAUUCGAAGACAUGAACGGAAUGCUUACCGUACAAUUAUGCAAUAAAGACGGAUCACACGAAAACGGUUUCUUACCGGCUGGUCAUAUGGCCCCGUGUAUUAAGCUCGGUUGUAAAUUGAUGCGGGGGUACAAACUCGGAGAUACAAUUAAAGCUAUUGUUUUCGCUACAAAGCCAGAGUUACUGUUGUCACGUACUUUCAUACCUAUACCUGAAGAAAGUAGUUUCAAUUUGUUGAAAGUAGGCUCUUCAAUUCUAUGUUCAGUCUACGAUUCAUUGCAAAACAUCGUGAGAGUUGUUUUGCCCGUUCAGGAUUACGAUAAAUAUGGAAGUGUGUCAAAACGGGACACCAGCAACUUCAAACUGUUGCAGAAACAUCAGUUACUAUAUGCCGGAAUUAAAGCUAUUAACAAACGAGAGAAGCGAUUACAUCUGACGCUGAAUUUGACCGACAUUUGGGAAAGUACGCUUAACAAUGACAUGAAAAUACAUGCGUCAGUGGACGUGUUAGCGAUGUAUCUCAACAAAAUGAGAGAAUUAGACCAACUGAUCGGAGACCAUCCGCUUGCAAAGAUAACUUUAGGUCAGAAAGUUUCUGGCGCAGUUGUGAGUUGCAAUAGCGAUGGUGUUGAGAUACACGUGUGUGACGGAGUCAAGGCUAUCGCAAAGAAGGAACACAGUUACGGUAACUAUGAAAUGGGACAAUUAGUGAACGGUGUAGUCCUUUGGAAAGACGACUGUCUUUACGUGUCACUGGUACCGGGAGUAAUAAACAGCAUCAGCCCGAAACAAGAUAAGCUGCCCGCACUUCCCCUCGGGAUUACGUUGAGAGCCAACAUUCUAAUGAUAACCGAGUGGUUCGUACUUGUGCUCGUGAAACGCGAAAAUUUGAGAUAUCUGGCGUGUCUACCUGUCCGACGACAUUUAAAUCACAUGUUUCCCGAUUUGAAAUGUUACAAAGUUUAUGCAAAAGUUCGCGUGUAUUGUGUAGCAGACAGAGACGAGUCCUCUCUCGUGCCAAUCUGCAUGCUGAAGUCGGAAUUUGAAAAUUUGAGAUCUAUGAGCAAAACAGUGUCGAAGUCAAGUUGCGACCUAAAAAGCAAACUGUCGAAGAGAAAGAAACUACCCGAAGAAAACGAUGUGACUCGUUCAAAGAAGAUGAAAAAAAUCUGAAAACUUUGGAAGAAGAGCGAAGAAAGCGACAAUUUCAAAACAAGAAAUGAGAAACAAAGACACGAUGUGUUAGAAAAAUAAAUACAUGUUGAAGAAUAUUUUUUCGCGUGUACUUUUUCG